AUGGAUUUCCAAAUACUUGAUUCUAUACCAGAUUUGUCUACAACCAAAUCUUUUACCGACCGAUACUUCAGUAAGAGAUACAUCAAAAAUUAUGGUGGAAUACAGAACAAUGAUUUGAUGUUAAUGUUUCAUUCUAACAGAAUCAUGCUACUAAGCUUGGCACCAAGCCACUUCUUUUUCAAGAGUAGUAAGAAAUACAGGAUUAACUUUAGUAUAGGCACAGUGGAUAGACUUCAAAACUCUGUGAAAGGCAAAGGCAAGAAAGGAGGACAGUAUUUGGAAAAGAAUUCAACAAUUUGUGAAGUAUUUGACGAUGAAACAUCUUUCAAAGUACCAUCUUGUGUUAAAGGCACAUUGAUUGAAAUAAAUGAAAGUUUAGUUGAGCACCCCGAGUUACUGAGAGAAAUGCCCGACUCUGAUGGAUUCAUUGCCAUUAUCUUGUCCAGUAUUAAGGUUUCGGAAUCCACAAAGAAUGAAUUACUGACACAUGAAGAUUAUAUGUCAUUAAUAAGAAACAAAGAUAGUUGUUAAUUAUUAAAUAUUUUUUAAUUGUA